CCCGCAGCCCCGUCCCAGCCUCCGCCCCGCCGCCCGUCGGCACCGCCGGCAGCUCCGCGACCCGGUAACCGGCUCCGUUCCUGCCCCGCCUCCCGGCAGCCCGCUGCGGGCGGCAGCGGUGCCGGGCUCGGCCCCCCCUCGCUGGUGGCCCGAGAGCGGGCGUCCCUCGCCAUGACGGAGCUGCAGCAGGAGAAGGUAGAAUGGGAAAACCUAAACAAGCUGUUGAUGCGGCACGGGUUGAAACCGGUGAGUCUUGCUGCCCCCCAGAGCUGCAGAAAGGCAUCAGAUACAACUGUCUUAGACAGCCAGUCUUCUCUAGGAAUAAGACUUGCCUUAAAAACGCUGGUGGAAGACACCGACCGACAGCAGAAAAUGAUGCAGGGGCUCAUGGAGGCUAAUCGCUGUCUUAGAGAUGAGAUACGACAGGAACGAGGUCGAGCUUCUCGACAAGAGCAACGGGCUAAUGAUUUGGAAAAUGUGGUGAAGAACAUCAAGUCCAAAAUUUGUCAGCUGGAAGAUGAGACAAUAGCUAAAGUUUGCCAGCAACAGAAUCAAGUCAGAGAACUUCAAAAAGAUCAACAGGUUUCACAGGCAAAAUACCAACAGCAGCAGAAGAAGCUGCAAGAACAGGAAGAGACCAUUCUCCAUUUGCAGAAGGAGCUGUGCAGAGCUGGGCUGGAGGAGCAGCGUCGUGGUGCCACCCAAACCAAACUGUUCUGUCGGUUUUGCAAGAGAGCUCCCAAGUCUCUUCUAGAUCAGCAGUUCCUUUGUCUAAUUGAUUAUUACGAAUCUCAAAUUAGUCGGAUGAAAAAGGAACUAAGGCAAUAUAAAAAAGAUGAAGACCAGACACAAAGAGACAUAAAAAGCAAGGAAGAAUUCUUAAAUCUAGAAGCUACUCCUAAAUACAGAGCACUGCUCACGUCUUUCCAGAAACAACUUAUUGAAACAAAAGCCAGGAAUGAACAGCUUUUGCUUGAAAAUACAAAUCUCAAGAAAGAUUUGGAAAUAAGACCAACUGUGCAGGAAUUAAAACUUUACAAGCACCAAGUGAAGAAACUAGAGAAAACUUUAAAGAAAACCACCCAACCUGCGAGGAGCAGGACAGGAGAAAGACCUGAAGAAAAGAAAGAACCUGAGAGUAUCACAGGAGUAGAUCAGCUGCAGGCAGUUUGCCAGCAAUACUUACAGGUUUUGUCCCACAUAGAUUCUAUUUUGCAAAGCCCAAGAGCUCCUCCACUAAUAUACAAGCGCAGCAAAGGGUCAGUGCAAAAUAACACUAAAGAGAACGGACAGGAAUGUGGAUUUGAGCACCUUCCACUCACUAUAGAAAUGUGGGCAGAUCAGCUAAUGGCCCUAAAGGAUUUGUAUAGAUCCUUGAGAAAGCUGUCUCUGGAAUUGAUGCCCUGGCACACUGCAGAUCUACAGGAUAAGAGAGAAUCCAUACGAGUUGAAGACCUUCAGUUCAUAGUAGAUGCAAUUUUGGAAGAAACAGAAAAUAAGGAAAAGAACAGCCAGGCACCAUCCUCACCAACCCUGUUUGCAAUGGUCUCUCACUUCCAGAAGUUGUUUGAUGUGAACUCUCUGAAUGGUGUUUAUCCACGAAUGAAUGAGGUUUACACAAAGCUUGGGGAGAUGACCAAUGCUAUGAAGAAUCUCCAUGAGGUCCUGGAACUAGACAGUUCAGCUCCACCCACUGUGGUAGUGGAUACUGUUGGGAAACUGUGUGACAUAAUUAAUGAGAACGUGACUGAGCAGGUACAGCAGCUUCUGGGAACCCGAGACAUCCACAGUAUAAUCAAUAAGCUAGAAGAACAUGAGUGCUUCUUUCCACCAUUUCAAGCUCUCGUUCAGGACUUGCUCUGCCUUCUAGAGAUCAGUAACCCGGAUGAUAUUUUACCUACGGUGCAAAAUUUGAAAUUGGUGGCUAGUUAAGAGUUACUCUGGGCUUCUCUAGCAAGAUUUCUCUUACCUGUGAAUGUGCCUGUUGAGGCAUAUGACAUUACAGCUACCUCUAACCUCUGUUAGCCUUAGUCAACAGUUUCAGGUUUUUUGACACAAAUAAAAGCUGUUGAAUUUCUUCA